GCAACGGAUGGUCAGUACCCGUUGGAGGUGCUGCAAUCUUUGCAGCAAUUGCUGGCGCGCUUUUUUCCAGUGGUUCCACUGCGCAACAACCCUUCGACCUUCCCUGCCAGAUGUGAUGCUUUUGCUGUGGAGAAAGGCAUCACGGACCAAAUGGCCUUCUCACUGGCUGAGUGUCAAAUGACUGCCCCUGCUUGCUUUCACAUGAGGAUCAAUGAGUUGAUUCACAAGUUGUUGGGAGAAGAUCCAGUGCAGGAACAUGAGUCUACCCAGGUUGUAGCUUCCCUCCACCGUCUUCCGCGCUUUGAGGAAGUUGCUGAGAAAGAAGGGGACCAGGAGGACGGGCCCCCACACGCCAAGAAGCCCAAGCUGGCUGAGACAGGUCCUGGGACCUGUGUCAAGAUUCUUGAUCCACACGAGCCUCGUCCUUCAAGUGCUGCGGACUACGAGGUGUUCCACCUUUCUACUGCAUCUGAAGAGAUGCGGACUCAGUUUUUGAAUUUGCCUCCGCCUCCAGACUCCCAGCCUUUGUUUAUUCAUGGCUCCUCGCCCCGCGUUUUUGAAGACUAUCAACACCAAAGCCGGCCAGAAGAAGAGGAUUCGUCCUGGGGCACGUCGGAGUUGAAUCUG